UUUUCACGUGUAUAAAUAGGGGAAUGAAUUAGGUAGACGUUUCGAUUACAUUGAUGGCCGGCUGCCUUCAACAGAAUGAUAAUAAUGAACGCAGCCACCAGUGCAUUCUUUUAGAAUGUUGGUGAAGAAGAUAGUGAAGAAGCUUAGUACAUCGUGGCCAAACAACUCGUGCCGUUAAGAGCAAGGAGCUGGGAGAUACGACAUAAAGUCAAGAGAAACCUGGAAGAAGAACAAUUAGCCACCACGAGACGCGGGAUUGAAAAUGAAUCUAUCUCAGAACGGAUCCAUUGUCCCAAAGAUUCCAGAUUACUACAAAGAAUCACUAGGACUAGUAAUAACAAGACUGUCUUUUGAGACAGCCAUAGCGUUGGCCGGUGUCGUAGGGAACAUUUUAGUUUGUAUCGUGAUCGCUUCGAAACGCCUUCGAGGAAGAGCGUCCAUGCAUUAUUAUCUGUUGAACCUGGCGCUUGCAGACAUUGGAGUGCUGACUGUCAUCUUUCCAAUUGCAGUAGUCAGAGAGAGAAUCCCAGGAUACUGGCCAUUUGGUAGGAUCGUCUGCCUUUAUAUCUACCCAUUCGUAGACACUUUCUAUGGGGCUUCGAUAUGGUUCAUCACGUCGAUUGCAUUCCAGAGGUACAGAAAAAUAGUAGUCAAAGGAAAAGGUAUUCAUGGGGAAAGUAGUUCGACAAGGCAGAUCAUCUGUAACCUUCUCUUGAUCUGGCUAGUUUCUUUCCUCAUCGCUUCAUUUCCUCUUUUCUUCAUCUUUACGUAUUUUGAAGACACUAAAAACAAUAAAAUCCACUGUUGGCCCGCCUGGGAAAAAGCACCUCACAAAUCCCUCAGCGCGACCUAUACGGUCAGUCUAAUUGUCUUCUCUUAUGUUUUACCGUUGGCUGUCAUCUCAUGGACUUACGUCGGGAUAUGGCGGGAAAUUCGUAUGAGCAAUUUGUUUCACCAAAGCCUUGACAGAGAAGCGGGCGGCUCCUCUAACAACAAGAUUCACAAAAGACUGAAUGAAAACGCUCGCGCUAAAAAGAUCCUCACUCCUAUCGUUGUCACCUUUGCAGUUACAAUGCUGCCAGUCAGUGUAUUUCGAUUACUUGUUGUUUUCUGGAAACCUCUACCUUCCAUUCAUCAUUUCUGGACUUUUUAUAACACCAUGGUCAUCAUGACGAUAGCCAAUUCUGCUGCCAACCCUAUUAUAUACUCUGUUGUGAGUAGAGAAUUCCGAAGUGCCUUCAUUAAGUUGAUCUUAAGAAGAGAACAUUCCAUACUAUCAAGGCUACCUUCAAAAAGCGAUGCUCACACCAAAGUCACCAACGAUAAACGAAAGAGAUCGUUUAAUGUUGCAACGCCGUUCUCUCCAAAAACCUGGCCAGAUGCUAAGCAACUCAAAGAAACAGUCCUUUAAGACUCUGUAUAUACCUAUUUCAAAAAAAGGUUGUCAUCGUCAAAAGGCGAAAGGAAAUAGGAGAUAGGCAAAAAGCGAUAGGAGGUAGGUCAUUCCGAGAUCCAAGAAUAGCUGGAAUGACUUGUGUUUCUGCUUCAGAUUCUCGUUAAGAACAUGGACCUUAUAGUGAGACUGAUUCAAUGUUCUUUGUAUUCAAAGAAACCUUUUCCAUGUCGAGAAUGACCUAUCGCCUAUCGCCUUUGGCGAAGAAAACGUUCUUUGGAAUAGAUGUACUUAACAGAGUAUAUUUAUUCCGCAGAGAUUGAAUAUAGUUCUAAAGUUGUCCUCCUAGGCAGGGGCAGCUUGUCUGUAUAGUCGAACCAGAAGAACUUGAAAAAUACGAUGGACAAAAGUUUGCUAUAAAUAUUGUUUUUCGGUUGAGAUUUUGUAGAAAAGUCAUAAAACGCCAGAAUCUUUCGGCAAACUGAUUUGGGAAAUAAAAACUAUGAAAAAUGACUAGCCUAAGAACAAAACAGACGUCCUUUAUCUCCCUCGUUCCCCCGCAAAAGUAAGUUUAAAAUUACCAGAAGACUUUAGCUAGUGAAAAAAAAAAAACCUGACGUUAAUUCGAGAAACAAGAUACAAUUUUUCUGUAUGUCCUGAAACUUUUGGGUUCAAACUUUUUAUUUUUAAAUUUUGAUUUCUCGAAAAAUGCCAUGGAUUGAAAAUAAAGUUUAUCUGAAAAAGGUGCUCCGAAGAAAUGAAAAAUGUAAACUUUAGAGGCUCUAGCUACUGCGGAGAGAAAGUAUUGUAUUUAAAGGCACUAUUAGACGUUAAUCAAAGAUAAGUAAAGAGAGCAGCUUCUACAGCCAUUCAUUGAAUAGAAUG